GUGUUUGUUCACGAGGGUCAAGGUGAAAGGUCACAGUAACUAGAGACCUUUUCAGGGCAAAGUCUUCGGCUAGUUAGUCACAUAAUUGUUUGUUUUAUGUGGCUGAUUGUGUUUUUAACGCCUAAAAUAUCAGUGUCGAUGCACACAGAACACUCGCCAGUGAGGUUCUAGUAUAGAGCUUGGCGACCUCUCGGUUGACUCCACAUCAGAUGCAGAAUUUACAGAGGAUGAGUGAGGCUCAGCGGAGGUUUUAGAAGCUUUGGAUGGUGAGGUCCGGCCCACGGGACACAACUUGGUGCCUAAUUACUUGGAGUGUGAUUGAACGAGCCAAGCGAGCGAGAUGUGAUCGUCUCCGAGAUCACAGAUUUGAGUCCAAGCUCUGGCUGGACCACUCGAGGACAUUCAAGAUGGAGUCGCUUGCAGUGAUGAGGAAGAAACACGAGAAGGCUUCCCCGCUGCUGGGGUUUCACCGCAUGAUUCAACAAUAAGUCCUGGUGAGAAGACAUUUCACUACGGAGCUGGAAGAGGAAAAAAAAUAAAACCUGUUUUCAAGAACAGAAGUAGAAAAACCACAUAUAUACAAACCGGAGGCAUGAGGAGCGAUGCAGGCGCUGCGUGACAGAAGAGUCAGGCUGAGCUUGUUGUUGACCACAACACGUCUGUCAGAGCAUCACAUCAAGGUACCAGCACACAGCAAGAUUGGACAAUGUGAUCGUGGUCCACUCCAAUGAUCAAGGACUUCAUCCUACUUCACUAGAAUGUACUUGAUGAAUGUACCUCCUGUUGCAGCGACGCAAACAGAAUGGAGAACGUGUGGCCCACCUGGAGGCUAUAGCCUUCAAUGCUUCAAUGACUCUGACACCGAGCUGUCCACUGCAGGCACACCUAUCUCAGAUAAGGUCCAGAUGAUCAUAGAGAGCCUAAGGAGCACCCAGUCCUCACUUGACAUGGGCGACAAGAUCGAGGGGAAUAUGCUAUCGGGACAGGAAGGUCAUCCCCAAGUCUGCAGAGUGGCAAUGGGUUCUUAUGUGGGAGCCAAGUCCAAAACGAAAGUUUCCAUUGAAAAUCAACAGGCAGCUGUUUCCUCCCCCAUCAGCCAUGGGAGCAGUGACUCGGACAGUGACGACUCUGUGGACAGAGGAAUCGAGGAGGCAAUACGGGAAUACCUGAAGGAAAAAGAUGAUCACAAGCGCAAGGCAGAACCAUGUUCCCAUUUUCUCCAGUCUUCUAAAAUUCCCCGAAAAAGCUCCCCUGUUCCUGAGGUCUCGAAUAAGGCCUCGAAUAAGGCCACUGAGGCAUUUUUGAUUACAAGCAGUCAGUUUCUCAAAAGUGUCAAAGUCGAGGCCGUCGCCGUACCAGCUGGUAUACCUAUAAAAAAGUAUAUCAAAAACAAGGUCUCCCUGGAUGACAACAUUGCUAGAAAAAUGGAUUGUGCUAGAAGUACCGCAACCAAAAGUUUGUCAAAAGAGCCAGCAAAGAGCCCGUCCAAAUCAUUCAGCCAGUUGAACAAAAUGAAAUGCCCUGUCUCUGCUAAAGUGGAGGAAGACUCCAACGAUUCCAGCAGCGAUGACGGCAUUGAGGAGGCUAUUCAAAGAUACCAGCUGGAGAAAAGGGUGCAGGAGAACAGGGGGGAUUUCAACCCGCAUGAAUUCAAAGAGGACUCUGACUCCACUAGUGAUGAUGGGAUCGAAGAAGCUAUUAGAUGCUACCAGCUCGAGCAACUCAAAGAAAAGACUGCCCUGAAGCCAUUUUUUCAUAAGCAGAAGCCCUUCAGCAAGUCAUUAGUGCAUGCUGUUGGUACAAGCACAGAAAACCUGAUGAAACGCAAACUGAAGAAGAAAAAGGCCAGGACAGACCAAGAAAUAAAGCGUGCCCCUCGUUCACCUGUUUUCAUGGACAAGAACAUAUGUUCAGCAGGAAAUGGACUGCUUUCAUUGAAAUUAGACAGUUUUAAGGAGCAAUCUACCCCUACUCCACCAAAGAUCAAUACAACUGCUGAGCUCAUGUGUGCUGAGGCAAUACUGGACAUUUCAAAAACCGUUAUGCCCGCAGCCUUCCAUCAUGAUGUUGGCCUUAGCGGCUGUGUCCCUGAAUCUUUCAUGCAGGCGUCACCUCCUCUUCACUGCCAGGAUGGAGAAAGCGAUGACAGUUCCAUUGAUAGCGAAGAUGGGAUUGAGCAAGAAAUCAGGAAGUUUCUUGAGCAGAAGGCCCAAAUGCACAACCAGCCUCCCAUCUCUGCGGUGACUCCAGAAAGGCCACGUGGAAAUGAACCCGAGAAGGUGAAAGCGAAACAAGUUGCAGCUCAAAAGAAACGUCAAAGACUGUCGUUGUCACAGAGAAGAAGGCUCAAGCAGGAAAACGGCGGUGUUUCCGACGUGUUACAUGUGGACAACAGCGUUAAGGAAACUAUCCCCAGACAUUUUCCGAGGCAAAGAAAGGAUUCUAGCCAGGUGGCGUUUUCCCAGAGGAACCCAACACAUCCAAUAGUUGGAUUACGCAAGACCGAGCAAAGUGGAGACAAAAGCAGCUCGCUUGACAGUGAUGAGGACCUGGACACCGCCAUAAGAGACCUGCUCAAAACAAAAAAGAAGUCAAAGAAAAAGGUGAAGGACUUGAAACGCAAAUCAAAGAAGUGCCUAAAAGAAGAACCACUUGUAAAAAAUGUUUUACAAACCAAAAAGUUGAAGCUUGAUCCUGUGCCCAAAAGUAGUGCUUUGAAAAAAACAGACAAAUGCCAUGAUGACAUAAAAGACAAAUCUGCUGGGAUGAGUUGGGGAAAUGUUUGCCACAGUAAACAAGCUGAUGAGAAUAAAGUGCACGGGGAUGAAACCGCGAUGGCGAAAGAGGGCGAGGAUCAAGAAACCGUGCUGCUGCACAAGGAUCGGCCUGCUCCUCACACGCAGGAUGACAGCAGCUCAGUAGACAGUGACGACAGCAUUGAGCAAGAGAUCCGAAGGUUUCUGGCUGAAAAGGCCAAAGUUUCCUCCGAAGAGAGGAGUAAAGAUGAAGACGCGUUGAGAAACGGCACCGUCGAGGUUUGCACCCCGCUCCAGGAGGAAGGGCUUAAAAAGGAAAAUCAGCUGGCUGAAAUUCCAAGAGAAAGUAGCAACACUCCCCUCUCUGGAAAAGCUCCUCUGAUGAGUCAUUCUCAAGAUCGACCGCUGCAUUCGGCACAGAAUUACCCAGACACUUCUAGCGCCGGGGCACAGUCGCCUCCUGCUUCCAUCCAGUCCUGCAGUCCCGUUGUUUUGGAGCCAGCCGACGGCGCGGGGGCCGCUAGAACCGACCAGCGGAGGCCUAGCCCUGGGAAGAGUGAUGUCCCCCACGCCACCCCCCACACGGAAAGAGUUCAACCAGUUUGCAGUCCCAAUAUUUCUCAUUCUCGCUCCGAGUCGAUCAAGUGGCGGCAGAGCCUGGGACUCCCCAUUACUGACACCAAGACUCUCAGUCGGACUCCUUUCCACAUCACCUCGUCUAAAAUAAGCGAGACUGCGUUAGCAAAUCCACUGUGUCAAAGCAGGGGCGUCAACCUCAAGUCGCAGGCCCCAGCCUCUGCCUGGUCAUCUGCAAGGACUGGCAGAUCGCCGCUCCCCCGCCCCACAGAGACGGCCGCUGUAAAUACACCGUUCAGAUCCUCUGUGUUGAAUUUAGCUACUGCCAGGCACCCGAGGACGGCCUUUGUACAGAGCCUGCUGCCCGGCCACAGUUCCCAGGGCCCCGCUGGAGCAGAGCGGGCGAGCAUGGUGCAUAUACCCAAGGACAAGAGUGUGUUUGUAGAGUUGGAAUCGAAUAGGACCAACCAUGUCCAGGUUCGGAGCAGGGAAAGGAAGGAAGGAAAGGAGAGAGCGGACUUGUCAAGUGAGAAAAAAGAAGUAGGGAGCUUGAGGAAGAAUGAUAAAGAAGUGCAUCUAGAAAGAACAGACGAGUUUGUAGAUGAGGCAGAGUGUGAGUCAGGCAACAGGAGAAAUCCAGAGACAAAGCAGGGCUUUUCCACAUUGUCUUUGUCCAGUGCCAUUGACCCCGGCAUCACUUUCAGACCUUGCAUAGCUCUUACCACCGCAGAGAGGAGCACCAUGUUCAACAGGAGCUACCGGACCCAAACAUGCAUCAAGAAUCAGACUGUGCAACAAGUCAAAAGGAAGCUGCAGUUUGUUCCAGUGAACAGAAAAGGUGAAGCUUCACUGUUUUCCAGAGAGAUGCACAAUGUUUGAUGUUACAGUGUUAGUGGUUGAAAGAGGAAUUCAGUUUCUCUUUUACACGUGUUAAUGUUGUUAGACUUCAUGGGAUUUUUGUCAGAUGUUGUUAAAAAUAGUUAAUGGUUAAUAGUUAUGUGUAAGGUUCUAAAGUAAAAUAUUAAUUCUGUAGCUGUAUCUAUAAUUCUGUAUGCAUAACAUAUUUCAGGCAUUUCGUUUUUUUAUCAACUAAAGGUAAAUACUAUAUUUUACACUGCCCGAGUCAUUUUUAGUUGGACUAUUGUUUGCUUCUCUACUUUGAAUGUCAUAUUUAUACUCAUGGGCAUAAGGCAUUAUUUUUUGCAUACUGGAGCUGUUCCUUAGGUUAAAUGUCUCGAUCACUAACAAUAUAUAAAGAGUCGAGCAUUUUUUAUAGCACUGUUUUAAAGACGUUGUCAGUUGUGUGCAUUGUUUUUCAAUAAAGUUGUUAAACGCAA